GCAACGCGAAGGACGUGCAACGCGUGAAGCUCUCGUUGUUGUUGUUGUUGUGCUCGUUGUCGCUGUCGUCGUUGUCGUUGUGUUGAAUGUUUUUUUAGUUGCCACCCCGUGGCAAGCAAAGACGUAGCGCCCAGCGUGUGACGUCAGUAGCGACACACAAAUUAUAAGUUUUCGUGAGAAAAGAAAAGAGCAAAAGAAGAGAGAAGGGAGCAGCAGGAGCAGAAGAAUCUCUAGAAAUCUUCAACUAUGUCUGCGAAUAAUGAAGCGGAGCCAGCGGCUGCAUUGGCCGCUGCUGCUGCUUCCUCGUCGGCAGAUGCCGCUGCCGCCGCCUCGGAGUACCUGAAACGCACCUGCCUCAUCUGCGGCUGUCAAACCAAUCAGACCAUCAACAUCUAUGAGCCGCGCUCCGGACCAAACAUCGUGCAAUUAAUCCAAGCCAAAUUCAAGUUUCAGCCCUUGAAUGAGGAUAAAUUCCUGUGCUUCAGUUGCAACAAUUGGCUAAUCAACUGGCACUCGCUGCAGGCGCUCAAUAGCAACGACGCUGAGAGCCAGAGCCGCAGUCAGAGCCCCUCCGGCCACAUGGGCAACAACAGCAGCAGCGCGGGAAUCGUGCAACAGCAGCUGCCGCUGUCGAAGGGGCAGCCCGUCAAGCUGCGGCCUGUGGCUCAGGUGCGCCCGCAGCCACAGCCACAGAGACAGCCUCAACCUGAGCCGCAGCUACACCCACACCCACAGCCACAGCCAUCGAGUCGCCUGCCCGCCCUAAAAAACAUCGAGAGAGACAGAUCAGUGAGGAGACGGCAGCCCGCUUUGGGCAGACGUCGAUGCAGACGAACGAGCAAGCAGCCUAGACGGCGAUCCUUGCGCAGCUCGUGCGAGUCCUGCAAGUGGCGCACGCUGCAUAAACGUAGCCUGGCCAAGGUAGCGCAGCUGCAGCGCCAGCUGAGCAGGCAGCAGCAGCAGCAGCAGCUGGAGCAGAGGCUAGUCAAGUCGCCCACCUACCAAAGAUUGCCCAAGCCACGCGUCGAUGGCAAAGUUGUGGCCAUGUUUCGACGGCUCGGCACCACGCUAAGCAACGAGCAGACGCAGGAGCAGGAGCAGGAGCAGGAGCAGAGAUCAACGGCUCCACUAAAUCGCAUCAUGAGCCCAGCCAAGCGGCGUCCACGCUGGACACGUCAGCUGGAUGAAGAUGAGAUACUGCUGGAGUUCGAUGGGGCCAUAGGCGAGGUGCUGCCCUCCAUGCAGCCAAUCACAGCAAAGCGACGAUUAAGCUACCAAUCAAAGGGCGAAGCGGAAGCGGAAACGGCAGCGGAGCUGAAAGUGGAACAGGAGCUGGAGCUGAAGUUGGAGCUGGAGCUGGCUGUUAGCCAAGUGAACCACCAAGCCGAAUUGCAGCUGGAGCAGCUGCAGCUGCCGCAGGGACUGAGCAUCACGUUGAUCUAAAAAUCCAAUCCAAAAGCCCAAAAACAGUAAACAAAAAACAACAACAAAAACAAAAACAAAAGAAAAUUAGUCAAAUUUUGCGAGCAUCAAAUUUAGUCUUAGUUAAACUUUAAUUUAUAUGGUACCUCAACUAAAUUUGUAAUUGUUAGUCAAUAUAUAAAUAUACAUUAGCGAAGACCUAAGAAUGUUAAGUUAAUAUAUACAUAUACAUACAUAUAUUAUUAUUAUUAUUAUUCUUAAUUGAAACAAAGCGAACCCAUCACAAGAAGUAAUGAAAUCGUAGUUAAAUUUGUUCACAUUUGCCAUGUUAUAGCUACAAAAACAAAAACAUAACAUAUAAAUAAAAAAUAACUAGCAC